UUGCAGAUCUGAGGUCAAUCCCAAUGGCAGACUGGUCGCAACUCCCACCAGAACUUCUACUACUAAUCGGCAAACGCCUCGACACUCGAUUCGAUAUUCUCAGAUUCCGAUCCGUCUGCUCUUAUUGGCGUUCAUCUGUAUCUGUUCCACCAAAAGUUUACCCUUACCCUUUCCCGACACAUCUCCCGUCGAAUACCUUCGGUAGAUGCGAGAACUAUCUGAGCGACAUUACCAGACACACCCUUUACCUUAUUAGACCGUCCCACGGCAAUCAAACACAAGCCCCUGCUUGCUGGCUGGUCAAAAUCAGCGAUGGAAUGGGACUGUUCAAUCCUCUUACGGAUUCUGAGCUCAAACUUAUUCCAGAUAACUUUUCAUUGGAUUUAAACAAGUUUCUUGUCAUUGAAUUAGGCCAUGAGUAUACUGUUCGGCGUGGAGAAUAUAUCGAUCAUCCUUUAGAGCCCCAACAUCGGGACUACAUACAGAAAUUAGUCUACUCACGGUGUACCGAUCGUGAUGGUUUUAUAAUGCUUACCCGCCUUAGCUGGUACCGCCUGGCUUCUUUGAGAUCGGGUGAAAAUGACUGGACUCUGCUUGAACCUUCAGUGUAUGGUUAUCAUAUUAUUUCCUUUAAUGGGAAAUUCUACGUCAUGGAGAAACGAGGAAGAACUAUAGUCGUUGACCAAUCUUUAAACGUUAGUUUCUUGGGAUAUAUAGGCUCUUGGAGCAGUAUAAAGUGGUUGGUUCAGUGUGUUGAUAAUUUGUUGGCUGUUGAAAUGCUUUAUGAUUCCGAUGGUGAAAGCCGUGUGAGAUACGGUAGAUUAGUAAGGGAAAAUGUGGUUGGUUUCAAAGUGUUCAAGAUGAAUGAAGAAGAACAGAAGUGGGAUGAAAUGGAAAGUUUAAGGGAUCAAAUCUUGUUUCUGGAUUAUCGUCAAGCGAUUUCCGCAUCCGCUUUCCAAUUCGGAUGGGGUAGAGGAAACCUCAUCUUCUUCUCCGAAUGUGUCUCGGGAUAUGCAGUAUCCGAAGAUAGGCGUAUGUUUGUGUUUGAUAUGGAAACUGGUACCGCUAGUCCUGUGGAGGAUUGCUCUGCCUACUGUAACUUGAUCUGGCCACCUCCAAGAUGGGUUACUUCUCCAGAAUAA